CAGUACAACAUCAUUGAGCCCAUGGAAGGAGAUCCAGGACUUGCUGACGACGGGGCAGGCCAAUCGCAGCACGUGUGGACGUUUUGGCUUGUCAUUUCUGUGCUGGCGGCAACUCUUGGCUCAUCGUUCGUUUUUGGCUAUAACGUCGGUGUGCUUAACUCACCUGAGAUUGUUAUGACGCAAUGGCUGAAUUCAACUCUGCAGCACGGAGAAAACAGUAAUACAACGAUGACUAAAACCGAAAUCUCCACUGGUUGGGCGAUAAUCGUGAGUCUGUUUCCCCUUGGCGCUUUAUGUGGUGGUGUGGUUUCUGGAUGUAUAGUGGAAGUGCUGGGAAGGUAA